AUGAACACUUUUACCGGUGAAAUGGAUAAUCUCAAUGCAUCUGUUGUGAAGAAGAGAGAAAGAACGCUUACGUUUAACCAACUCACGGCUCCUUAUCACUACCCGUUUUGCUUAGACAUUUACAUCUCAAAGGCCUCGGUUCGAGCAUGUGUGAUCCACAGGGUGACUAGUAAAGUUGUUACUGUGGCUCAUUCCAUUUCGAAAGACAUGAAAUUCGAUCUUGGUUCGACUAGAAACGCUGUAGCUUGCGCUGCGGUUGGGACAGUCCUUGCUCAAAGAACAUUGGAGGAUGACAUACACGACGUUAUAUACACUCCUCGGAAAGGAGAUAAAGUGGAAGGUAAACUUCAGAUCGUGCUUCAAGCUCUUAUCGAUAAUGGUGUUAAUGUUAAAGUGAAGCUUAAGCAGAGGAAACUCAAGAAGAAAACUAGUAGUCAUCUAUACAAUGGCCUUGAGGACAAAAGAAUCUAUAGAUGA